CAGUUUGAUCUCUAGUAAACCAAAUAAUCCCCAUCUGUAGAUUGAAUGAUUAUUCUUGUUUGGUUUAGAUUCGUCUCAAGAAACAAAACCUUGAUCAUUUGGUUUAGGUUUCUGAUCUCUGUUUAGCCAAACCGUAGUCUGGUUUUAGUUUGUCACUUUGCUAAAAAGUUGGAAUGAAAUUUGUGAUGCAAGGAAAUGGGAAGAGAGAAGAGCCCUGGUUUGAAGAUCCUCUGGAUAUGGACUAUCGGCACUGCUGCUAUAUUGGUGACGAGUGUUGUCCGCACAAGAAUGCAGGAUAUGCAAUCAAUGAUGAACCAGAACCAGGAACAAGCACCAAAAGAAAACCAGAACGGAAGUGCAGGUGAUUCUUCCGUCAUAACGGAUGAAACAGUUUUGCCUGAGUCCGAUCGAGAGAUUGCAAAAGAGCUUAAAUAAAGGAGAGCCUGGUUCUAUUGUUGUUUUCCUUUUCUUCUCUUCCUUUUUCAGUCUUCCAUGAAGAUGAUGAAAACAUGUUUUAAUGGUAUUGGUAUUAGUUUGCGAAUAUGAGUAGAUGAUUCUAGAUGUUUCUAGGAAAAUAAAUUGAAAAGUGAAUC